AAGCCUGAAAAUCCUGCAUUGUGGUGGGUAAGCGGUGACGGAGAAGAAGUGAAGUGGAGCUUUGAAGAGCUGGGAGACCUGUCCAGGCAAGCGGCUAAUGUACUGUCUGGUGCCUGUGGUCUGCAACCGGGAGACAGAGUUAUUUGGAUUCUGCCCAGGAUCCCGGAGUGGUGGCUGCUGAAUGUGGCUUGCAUGCGAACAGGAACUGUCCCGAUUCCUGGCAGGCAGCAGCUGACAGCAAAGGACAUUCUCCAUCGACUACAGAAAUCAAAGGCAAAGUGUGUCAUCACUGAUGGUUCUGUGGCACCAGCUGUGGACUCAGGUGGGCCUGAAUGGCAGUCUCUGAAAGCCAAGCUGCUUGUAUCAGAGGGCCACAGAGAAGGAUGGCUGAACUUCAGAGAGCUCCUGAAGCAUGCUCCUUCUGAUCACCACUGCGUGACCACAAAGCGUCAAGACCUGAUGGCCAUCUAUUUUACCAGUGGAACUACGGGGGCUCCAAAAAGGAUUGCACAUUCCCACAGCAGCUAUGGC